GAAGUCUGAUUGCAGAGCCGAAGCAAAUCGCCAAAAUCUACAGCCGGCGCUGGCUCUUCCUGGACGUGCUGGCAGGGAUUCCGUGGGAGCUGGUGAACAGCAAGGUGCCUUGGGACGUCCAGUCGGCUCAACUUUUCAAGAUGUUGCGGCUGGUGCGUGUGAUGCGCCUGUUGAGAUUCCUCCGUGUGGACAUCUUCAAUGAGAGCGUGAAGAUGUACAUUGAAAUUCGACCAACUCUGAUGUUUGCCAGCGGGAUCUUGCGGCUCCUCUUCAUUCUGUGUGCCGUGACGCACUGGGCAGCUUGCGCCUGGUUCUGCAUCGGGAGCAGAAGUGGCGUUGGGCAGACAUGGGUAACGAAGCACCUUCCGUUGGACUUUUCGGUGUCGGAGGGCUACGUUUACUCGUUGUACUACACGCUGACGACGAUGACAACCGUUGGAUAUGGUGACAUCACCCCUGUAAACCUCGGAGAGAUUUGCUUCUCGCUCUUGCUCCUCCUUAUCGCAACCGUGGUCUUCGCCACGGUGAUGGGGUAUCUGACUGACAUGAUUGCCAACGUGAACUCUGAGCGGAAUCAGCAGGCGGAGAAGAUCUUGAUGCUGAGCAACUACAUGACAUGGCGAAACAUCCCGCCACAUUUGUACAAGGCCAUCCGGCGGCACCUCUUGCACUUGUGGGAAACCAACAAAGGAUACGACUCGUAUGAGGAUCAGCUGCAGGAUCAUCUAACACCAGUACUCCGACGGGAGCUGCGCUUUCACAUCUUCGGUCGGGUCCUGCGCAAUGCGCCCUUUUUGGCCUUCCUGCGCGACUUUGAGGUCUGCCUGAAAGAGUUGGCGACGAAAGUCUCCAUGCGCAUGCUCUCGCGAGGUGAUCACAUCAUCCGCAUCGGAGAAGCCAGCGACAGGAUCUUUAUUUUGGUGCGGGGCAAAGUGCGCAUCUCCUUGAAUGAAAGCCUCUGGACAAAUCCCGCUUCGGAGGAGCUGAUGGACGAGAUUUGGUCGACCUAUGCAGCGAAGCGACGUGGAGCGAACGACGCGAACGGAGAAGUGUUUCUGGAAGGCCUCCAUACUGCGAUGAUGCACCGCAAGCGCCAAAAGGCGAUUGAUGCGGCCGUCAACCAGAGUUCCUAUGCCAGCGCAUUCAAGACCGUGGAUGCAACUCACAGCCUCUUUUCCGCCAAGACCUUCGUCAGGGCUGAGGAGCAACUGCUGGUGCAGGACUGCCGCCAGCGCAGAGCGGCCCGCUUUAUUCAAAUGCGCUGGCGCCAGAAGCUGAGGGCCAGGAGAGCCAGGCUGACAUCACAACCGAUUGUCUGCAGCAUGAGCAUCGAGGCGCCAGCUUAUUUUGGAGAAUCCUGCCUGUGUGAUCCUGUCGAAAAGUGGGAUGAGAAGCCUCCACAAUGCAUGUACAGCGCAAGGUGUGAGAUGCGAUCGGAGGUGAUGUGUAUUCUUCGAUCAGAUAUCGGC